AUGUCGAUCAACAACGACUUCCUGUUCGGGUCUGUCGCGGCGCCAGACGUGUCGCCCAAGCGUAAGAAGUCGAGGAAGUCGAGGUCUGACGGAGGGAGCGUCCACGAGCCCGACGGGCGCAAGUGCAUCGGUUGCAACUUGAGAGACUCCGACGAGGAUCCAGUGGAUGGGCCGGGCUCGUUCGUGCGUUGGGCGCACCCUCCCGUUUGUGGGAAGACACAGGGCGGAAAGUGUUGGUAUUGUAACAGGUCAUGGUUCACUGGUUUCCGCCACGCCCCCGAGACGGGCAGCUUCGAGAAAUUGAUGACCGUCUGCGGCACCGACGACGCCGUCCUCCAGAAGUUCAACAACGUUCGGUCUUUGAUUUUGGACAAGUGCGUGAAACAAGGGAGCAGGCACAUCCAUGUGCGCGCUAACGAGGUGAAGGCCGUCGUGACUACCGUCGAGCGCACCAUGGUCUCCCUCGAGGAUGACGACGACGUCGUGGAGCUGGAGUGCUACAAGAACGAGUACCACGGCGGCAUGGGGGACCCCGUCACGAACGGCAAGGGGCACACUAUCUUGAUGAUCCAGGGGGUCAUGCACGUCAGAGUCCCAGGGCCGCCUGUGAAGAAGUUGAAGCGGUGCCAGCAGAGCAUCGUGGACGUCACGAGGAUGGCCGACGACGGCAGCCUCGCGCUCUCCGACACCCACGCGGCUGAUGUCGCCCAGCAGCUCUCGACGAACAUUGGGGCGCACACAGACGGGGCUGGCGAGCGCGUCAGGGCCCCGCCCGCCAUGGACGCCGUCGCCGAUGCUAGGACGCCGAAGCGGCCCACCCAGGCUGCCUCGCAGCCCUCGCCCUCGCCGCCGAGUUCGAGCUCUGCGACCGGCGCGCGCCCCAUGACCAGCCCGCCCCAGGUCUUGGGCACGCAGGUGGUCGUCCCCGCGCUGCCAGGAGCGGCGGCUUCGCCGUCGGAGGUGCAGGCCGAGGAUGCGUCGGCGAAGCGGGCCCGGCCCCCGGCGUCGGCCGCCAGGCCCGCCGCCAAGCCCAGGGCGGCCGCGGCCAAGGCCAGCGCUGCGCCCGCCCCAUCCGGAGCGGGCGGCGGCGCAGGUGGCAAGGCGGGCAGGAAGAGGCGGAACUUGGUCUCGGAGACGGAGAAGGUGGCCAGUCAGUUCCAGCAAGCCGCUGCGGACGACAAGACGUUCUUUGGCCUCGGCCACGCGGGCAUGGUCGCCUGGCUCAAGCGGUUGUGCAAGGACUACGCGGAGAGGAUCCCAACGAUCCAGGAGUACGACUCGCACAUCUUGGGACAGAAGAUUGCCAAAUCCAUCCUGUCCAUCUGCACGGCGUGGAAGAAGCAUGGCCUGGAUUCGUCGGGUUUCGCCGGCGCCAUCAAGGACGCGAUCCAUUUCCUUGAGAUGCUGCCUGCAGCGAGGACCGACUUCUUGCCUGACUUCAUCCGCAUGUCGGAAAAGAAGUUCGCUGUGUCGGCAUGCCCCGCCGAUUCAACGUUCUGGCCAAUGUUGUCGCGCGACAGCGUUGGCAUGACAGAGGCGGCCCCAGCCGCCUGGGAGCAGUUUAUCUCGGAGAUGAUUCUUGACAAGCUGAUUGACUGUCUGGAGCUGAAGGACGGCUUUGAGCCGCAGAUCGCCAAACUCUUCGAGUGCCCGGACGCGCUCGACAAGGCCGACCUGACCGGGGACGUCCAGGAGCAGGUGAAAGCUCUCGAGAUGCUGGUGAAAGGUGCGACGUCCCCAGUGGAGACCCUGCACGCCUGGUCGCGGGCCGACCUUGUCUCGGCGAUGGCGAUUGUGAACGACAAGCAGAAGAAGAUCGCGAACUGCCCCUCGCUGUACGCCCCGGGCCGCAAGCUCGUCCAGCGCAUGACCUUGAGGGUCGAGAGCUUGGUGCAGAGCGAUGCGAAGAUCGAGACGUUCAUUGCCGCGGUGCGCGCGCUUGUGGGAUCGCUCCCGGAGCGUUGCAGCGACUUGCCCAAUGUGGCGUCGGCCCUGAAGGUUAACCUGGAUUCAGUCAUUGACGAGCUGCGUCGCCUGGGCCAGGCGGACAUCAAGCGGGCCGAUCAGAUGUUCACGGAGGCGGCGGGCAGCAUGAUCAAGCACGUCUUCGUCUUGUACGAGAGGUUCUUCGAGUGGGGGCAUUGGCUGUGCAAGUCUGCGGCGGAGAACGCUGCCGAGCCGUGGCCCGAGAGCAUCGCGAGGAGCGCCCUCGCCGACCUCGAGGGUCCGUUGGCGGCCAUCCCCCACACCGCGCAGUUCAAGGCGUUGUGCAGCAAGUUGGAUAUCACCACGCGCGUGACCUGGGAGCAGAUCGACGGGGCUCGCGUGCAGAUGUCGACCCUGCUGUCGCAGAUGCCCGAUGCGCUGAAGGUGUUGGCCCAGAUCAAGAAUGAUACGUCGAGCGUCACCAGGGAGGAUGCCUCGCUGCUCCCGCGGCUCUUCUACAACUUCGAGAUGAAGUUCGGCUGGGUGAAGAUGAUUUGUGAGCCCGGCGCCGAUGCGCAG